UUGUGUUAUAUCUAGAUGGAAGUAAAAAAUUUGGAAUUAAAAAAAAAUUUAUCUAAGGAUACAGUAUUUAAUACAAUAAAUAAAAUGUUUAUAUCAUUAGAAGAUGAUGAUGUACGUAGAACUAAUAAGUCUUUAUUACUGGUGAUUCAAACUAUAAUAAAUCUUAUGAAAUUAGAGGAUUCAUUAUUUGAAAAAGCAUAUCAAGAAAUUAUUUUUUUAGGUAGUUUUUAUAAAGGAACAAAAGUAGGAAAACCAAAUGAAUUUGAUCUAAAUGUUAUUUUAAAAUUACCUUUUAAUGAUAAACAAAUAAAUUUUUAUUCAAAAAAAUCAGCUUUCGUCCAAAUUCAAAUAGAAGAUCAAUCAUCUAUGUAUUCAUCUAAAUAUGAUCAUCUCUCAAGUAGAGGAAAAAAAUCACUUAAUAGUUUUAUUUCUUCUGGAUAUUUAAAUCCAAAUAAAUUUCGUUAUUGGAUUAAAGGAAUUCUAUAUAAAGUUCUUAAUAAAUUACCAAAAGUUCAAGAUAAAUAUGAAUUAAGAAUAAAUGAUCAAUUAAAGGCAAAAAUCAAAAUAAAAGAGAAUGGUCCUGCAAAUAGAAUAAUAAUAAAUAUGCCAUGUGAAACUGAAAAUAUUCAUAUUGAUUUAGCUCCAGCAUUAGCUUUCCAUAUAAAUUACAUUAAUCAGUUUACUUCAAAAUUUAAUGAACUUGAAAAUUGUCGAAAUAAAACAUGGUUUGCAAUUCCAGUACCUUUAACAACAAAUAGUGAUGGAAAUAGUGAUUUUGAAAAUGAUGAAAAUCUUUAUUGGAGAUUUUCUUUUAGUCAUCAAGAGAAAGAAAUUCUUACUAAAUAUGGUCGUAUAAAAUCAGUCAUACGUCAAAUGAAGAAAUUAAGAGAUACACAAAAUUGGAAAAGUAUCGCAAGUUAUUUCAUAGAAACUUUAUUUUUACAUAAAGUGGAAGAAUUAAAAAACGAUCUCGAACAAAUACCAUUUACAUUAUUUUUUUUUAAAAUGCUUCAAGAACUAUAUUAUGCUUGCAAUAUGCACAUGUUGGAAUAUUAUUGGAAUGAUAAGUAUAAUUUAUUCUCAAAGAUUAGUAAAAUAGAAAUGUAUAACAUAACUCACCAUUUAAAAAAUAUCAUAAAAUGUAUUGAAAAAAAUUCAAAUGAUCAAUUCAUACUAGCUAAAUUUAUUUGUAAGUUGUAUUUUUUAAAAUUAUGAAAUGAAGAUAUUGAUAUAUUU